UGAUUUUUAGCACAGAAUCAAACACCAAAAAACAAUCAUAUCAUCAUACAAAUAUAUUUCCUCCUGCUAGUGUGUGUGUGUAUUGAAAAAAAGUUUGUAACAAUGGCGUCGGAACAGGCGAGGAGGGAGCAUGUGAAGGAUGAACGAAAAGUUGAGGUGGAGAGAGAUCGAGUUCCGAAAAUGGCAACUCAUUUCGAAUCCCUGGUUGAUAAGGCUAAAGACGAGCAUCAGCCCCAUCACGCUGGGGAGGCGACGAUUCAUAUCGAGGCGGUUCCGGUGAGAGUUGCCGGGAUCACGGUGGAGAGCGGCGGAGGGAAGCAGCAGCCCUCGUUGGAGGAAGUUUCUAGGAUGAGGGGGCAAGCGCAGCAGAACUCGAUGGAGGCGAUCCGGUCGGCCGAGAAGGCGAAGAUAGGCGGCGGCGGUGCAGCUCAACAUACUGCGGCGGCGGAGAAAGGGCGACAGGCGGCUGACAGGGCGACGGCGGUGCAGAAAGGCCAACAGGCUCAAGGCUACAUUGCGGAGAAGGCCACUCAAGCCGAGGAUACUGCCGCGCAGAGAGGCGGACAGGCUCGGGAUUACACCGCGGAGGAGAAGGCGGCUGGGGCGAAGAAUACAGUGGUGGAGAAAGGCCAACAGGCUAAGAAUACGGUGAUGGAGAAAGGCCAACAGGCUAAGGAUUACGCGGUGGAGGCUAAGGAUGUGGUUUCUAGUAAAGGCCAAUCCGCUUCUCAAAUCGCCGCGGAGAAGGCUAAGGCGGCCAAGGAUACCACGUUGACCGCGGCCCAAUACGCCGGCCAGAAAGCAGCGGCGGCGAAGGAUACAACAGUUGACACAGCGAAGAGCGCUGCACAAUAUGCCGCUGAGAAGGCUGCGGCAGCCAAGGACACAACGGCACAAUACACUGCUGAGAAGGCCGGGGCCGCCAGGGAUACAGCAAAAACUGCUGCACAAUACGCGGCUGAGAAGGCUGCGGCAGCCAAGGAUACAACGGUCGACACAGCGAAGAGCGCUGCACAAUACGCUGCUGAAAAAGCAGCGGCAGCCAAGGAUACAACAGUCGAUACAGCGAAGAGCACUGCGCAAUACGCCGCUGAAAAGGCAGCGGCAGCAAAGGAUACAACAGUGGAUACAACCAAGACUGCUGCACAGUACGCCGCUGAAAAAGCAGCGGCAGCCAAGGAUACAACGGUCGAUACAACCAAGACUGCUGCACAGUACGUAGGAGAAAAGGCGGUUGCUGCUAAGGAUGUAACAGUUGAGAGCGGCAAAGGAGCUGUGGGAUAUGCGGGGAAGGCUGCUGCAGGGGUGAAGGAUCAGGCAGUGGUGGCGGGCUGGGAGGCGGCGCGUUUCACCCUUGAGAAGACGGCAGUGGCUACUGAGACGGUGGCGAAUGUGACUUCGAAGGUGGCGGGGUACACGGGAGAUGUGGUGGUGGCGGCGAAGGAUAAGGUUGCUGGAGCAGGGCAGGCGGUAGUGGGGUAUGCAGGGGAGAAGCUGGCAGCUGUGAAGGAUACGGUGGUGGCAACUGAGGAGAGCGCGGCGGAGUAUGCUGCCAGGAAGAAGGAGGAGGCUAAGAGGGAUCUUGAAUUGAAGAGAUCGUCACCGCAAAAGGAAGAAGGGGGAGAAACAUUCAGCAAAGAGGGAUUCUACCGCCCAUCUGAAAAGAUCAAGGAGCAGUGGGGAGGAGAAGAAGGCAAACAGUGGGGAGGUGAGCAUCAAGCAAGGCGAGGAGGGCGGGGCGAACAGUGGGAGCAAUGGGGAGGAGGGAAAGGUGAGCAGCAAGCCAGGGGAGGAGGGCAGGGCCAACAAUGGGAGCAAUGGGGAGGGGAGAAAGGCGAGCAGCCAACUGGGGAGUACGGGCAGGGAGAGCGCUGGGAGUCAUGGGGAGACUGGCAGCAGCAAAGGGGAGGCGAGCAGGAAGAGCGUGGAGAAGGCGGACAAAAGCAAGGAGCAAUCGGAGGGGGCAUCAUGCGGGCGAUUGGCGAGACUCUAGUCGAGAUAGGCCAGACAACGAAGGAUCUUGUGUCAGGGCAGCAUCCUCUGCUUGGGAAAGAGGAAGACGAGAAAGAGACGUACAAAGGCACUGGCAAAGACAUAUAGUGAGUGUGUUUCUAGCUAAAUAAGAUAUGAGAUGCUAUGGCAUGUCAUCGUCAAUCUUGUGUUUCUGUUGAUUGUGUUGUAUGUGUGGUACUGUAGUUUUUGAAGAACAGAUGCUCCUGUGUAGUGAUCAAAGUAAUGAAGUUCUUGCAGAACAGAUUUUCAUACUAUGUUCAAUAUAAUAAAAUUUCAUGCUUCCUAUA